UGGGAAACUCCAUCACCUUGUCGCAGACGAUCUGAAGUCGCUCCGUGACCCCGGCGCGUCCUCCCCUCCCGAGUCCUCGCGGGACCCUGGCGGGGCGCCGGUCGCCUUGUUCAGGAAGCGAAGAGCGUCAGAGAGGAAGUAGAAGAUGAACAAGCCCCUGACACCAUCCACAUACGUGCGCAGCCUCAAUGUCGGACUCAUUAGGAAGCUGUCGGAUUUUAUUGAUCCUCAAGAAGGAUGGAAGAAAUUAGCAGUAGCUAUUAAAAAGCCGUCUGGUGAUGAUAGAUACAAUCAGCUUCAUAUAAGGAGAUUCGAAGCCUUACUCCAAACUGGGAAAAGCCCCACGUGUGAGCUGCUGUUCGACUGGGGCACCACAAACUGCACGGUCGGGGACCUUGUGGAUCUUCUGGUCCAGAUUGAGCUUUUUGCCCCUGCUACUCUCCUGUUGCCGGGUAAACUGGGCGUGGCCACAGUGACCGAAUGGCAGAAAGAGAAGUAUGCUGUUCCCCAACCUGUCAGCAGUAUACCAUCUAGAGAAGCUGCAACAACGGUGGCACAGACACACGGGCCCUGCCAUGAAGCAGUCAGGACAUCGGUGACGCCUAUGCCUAGGCUAGAACAGAGCUGUGGGCAGCCUGACUCCUCAGGCUCAGACGACAAAAGUUCAGCAUCCAGCGACACUGGUACCCGUUUCCACAGUUUUUCAUUUUAUGAGUUGAAGAGCAUCACCAAUAACUUCGACGAACGGCCUGUUUCUGUCGGCGGCAGCAGGAUGGGAGAGGGAGGCUUUGGAGUGGUGUACAAAGGCCACAUGAAGGACACGGCUGUGGCGGUGAAGAAGCUGGGAGCGGUGGUUGAAAUUAGUACUGAGGAACUAAAGGAACAGUUUGAUCAAGAAAUUAAAGUAAUGGCAAAGUGUCAGCACGAGAACCUGGUGGAGCUACUUGGCUUCUCAAGCGACAGUGACAACCUGUGCCUAGUAUACGCUUACAUGCCCAAUGGCUCCUUGCUCGACAGACUGUCCUGCUUGGAUGGCACUCCACCACUCUCUUGGCACAUGAGAUGCAAGAUCGCUCAGGGUGCAGCUAAUGGCAUACGUUUUCUCCAUGAAAACCAUCAUAUUCAUAGGGAUAUCAAAAGUGCAAAUAUUCUACUAGACAAAGACUUUACUGCCAAAAUAUCUGACUUUGGGCUUGCGCGGGCGUCUGCAAAGUUUGCCCAGACAGUCAUGACCAGUCGAAUCGUGGGUACAACGGCUUAUAUGGCACCCGAAGCUUUGCGAGGAGAAAUAACGCCCAAAUCGGACAUCUACAGCUUUGGUGUGGUUUUAUUAGAGCUAAUCACCGGACUUGCGGCUGUGGAUGAAAACCGUGAACCUCAAUUACUACUGGAUAUUAAAGAAGAGAUCGAGGAUGAAGAGAAGACGAUCGGGGAUUACACCGACAAGAAGAUGGAUGACGCGGACCCUGCGUCCAUUGAAGCCAUGUACGCUGCAGCUAGUCAGUGUCUGCACGAAAAGAAGAACAAGAGGCCGGACAUUGCCAAGGUUCAACAGUUGCUGCAAGAGAUGCCUGCUAAACACGAGUGAAAUAGACUAUAUAUAUAUAAUCUAUGUAUAACACACUCUAUAAGCACUCACCCCUCACCUUUUUUUUUAACGUCUUAUGGUCCUGGAGACUGAACAAGCACUUUGGCACUGAGCUACAUCACCAGCCUGGUUUUUGGUUUUGUUUUCCUAAAUGGUCUUUAUGUUUAACACGGCAGCAUGGUGCGCUGUACUGACAGAUUAACGGACGUGUUGACACGCUGUUGCCGAAGAGACAGUAGGAAGGCGGCACUUGCCCCCCCCACCCCUCCUUUGUGUGGAGAUCAUUUUCCAUGGCAAUAUCAUCAAAUUACAGCAACUUCAAGAUUCAGGAAAACAACACGGCACAGGGGAGACCCCAGAGUUUGGGGUUUUGUUGUUGUUGUUGGCCCUAGAUGUCCUGAUACUCUCUCUAUAUAGACAAGGCUGGCCUCGAGCUCAGAAAUCUGUCAGCCUGGUCUAUAUAGAGAGACCUCUGCCUGUGCCACCACCAUAUAGCCAGAGACCCUGGUUUGAAGUUCAGCAGACUCCUCUAACCUCCUGUAAAGCCCUGGUCCAGCUCUCAGCUACCCUAAACCUCAGGUUUGGCUUUUCUGUUUUGUUAAUGAACCCUGUGCUCCUGUAAAUAACUCUUCCUAUGCUCCUGUACGUAACCCCCACCUGUACAUAACCUCACGGCUCCUCCCACCACACAAUCCUCCAAUACAUAACUCCCAUACCUCCUCCUGUACAUUACCCUCACCCCUGCUCCUGUAACCCUAAUUAAACUCAUUGGGUCCCCAAGGUAGACAUGGGUGGACUCAAUCAUUCAGUCUGCCUUUGAUAUCUUAAUUUGAAUGAAUAGAUGUUUGCUUGUCUCCCCCAGGAAAAAGUCACACACUUAGUACUUUAUGUGGGGCAUAACAGAACCAAUGAUCAUCUUGGGGGUGGUACUUGCAUUGUCUCUGCUAUGUGCAAUAAGACAGCAACUGGAGCUGAUCUGUCUGAGGGUGGAGCACCCACCCAAGGGGACAAUCCUGAUGUCAUCCCUUCCCAUGUGGCAGGAAUGGCAGGCUCUUUUGCUGUACUGGGUGGUUUUAUGUGUCAACUUGACACAAGCUAGAGUCUUCAGGGAGGAGGCGCCUCAGCUGAGGAAAUACCUCGUUGAGAUCCAGCUGUAGGGCAUUUUCUCAUUUAGUGAUCAAUAGGGGAAGACCCAGCCCAAGAUUGGUGGUGCCAUCCCUGGGCUGCUGGUCCUGUGUUCCAUAAAAAAGGUGAGCUGAGCAAGCCAGAAGAAGCAAGCCGGUCAGCAACACUCCUCCAUGGCCUCUGUAUCAUCUUCUGCCUCCGGGUUUCAGCCCCGUGAGUUCCUGUCCGGACUUCCUUCAGUGAUGAACAGAAAGGCUGAAGUGUGAGCCAGAUAAAGCCUUUUCUUCCCGACUUGCUUUCUGGUCAUAGUGUUUCGUCACAGCAAUGGAAACCCUAACGAAGACACUUGCUGUAGUGGUGGCUGCAUUGUUCCUGCCUGAGUGUAAAGACAUGUAAACAAGACAGCAGUGGUCCACCUGCAGGCGGUGUCUCUGUGAGGAAAGUUCCAGAGAGGCCAUCUUCCUGUCGGUAUGCAAAGGCAUGCCCCUUGAUGAGUGGAAUCGGCCGCCGACCAUUUCAUACUACAAUGAGAAAAAGGUGCAGAUUCUGCCCUCUGCAUUAUUCUCUGAAUUGGCAUGUAAAAUGAAGAAAAAAAAACGAGACCAGGACAAAUGUCCUUUAUUGCCAGAACUUGGGAGGUAAAGCCAGGCAAUCUCUGUGAGUUUGAUACCAGCUAGGGCUAAAGUGUAACUCUCUCUCUCUCUCUCUCUCUCUCUCUCUCUCUCUCUCUCUCUCGCUCUCUUUCCCCCAAGGAAGUGGUAUGGCAAUGAAGUAUAAUACAAACAAUUCUUAUAGUCCAAGGGACUGGAGCUUUUGCUGGACCUCACAGCCAGUUACUAAAAUUCCUUGAGGUCACUUAAGGCUGAUCUCCUACUGUGUACCUGCUUUCUGAGCCCGCAUUUAAGAGAACAGUGUAACAAUCAACCUUAUUUGCCUUUGGUUCCCAUAUAGUCUACUUUUACAAUCAAAGCAAUGAAUAGCUAUAAUCUUGAGUUAUCUAGUCUUCUAUGUCCCUGACCUAGGAGUAAUACAUGUAUGCUUUGUUUGUUUGUAUUGUGAUAAUCGUUUACUGAAAACAGCAAAUAUAUAUUGAAAGCAGUCUUUUGAAA